AUGGCGGCUGCUAAGAAAGCUCAUGAGGAGCAUGACACCUCCAUAGAGAAUGUGGAUGACUCCAACCACGAUCCGCAGUUUGAGCCCAUCGUGUCUCUCCCUGAGCAGGAGAUUAAGACCCUUGAGGAAGAUGAAGAAGAGCUCUUUAAGAUGCGGGCCUGGCUGUUCCGAUUUGCGUCUGAGAAUGACCUUCCAGAAUGGAAAGAGCGAGGGACGGGUGACGACGUGAAGCUGCUGAAGCACAAGGAGAAAGGGACGAUUCGCUUCCUCAUGAGAAGGGACAAAACCCUGAAGAUCUGUGCAAAUCACUAUAUCACACCGUUGAUGGAGCUGAAGCCCGACGCAGGCAGCGACAGGGCCUGGGUUUGGAACACACACGCCGACUUUGCUGAUGAGAGCCAGCCUGAGCUGCUGGCAAUUCGAUUCCCAAACGCAGAAAAUGCCCAGAAGUUUAAGGCAAAAUUUGAAGAAUGCAGGAAUGAGGUAGAAGAAAGAGAAAAGAAAGCAGGAGCAGGCAAAGAAAUCACCGACAAAGUGGUGGAGAAUUUGUCAGAGCUGUCAGUGAGGGAGGAGAAAGAGAAGGAGAAAGAGAAAGAGGAGGAGAAGGAGAAGGAGAAGGCGGGCAGCCAAGAGCCUGGGAGCCCCAGGGCGCCUGAGAAGGAGACCCAGGACCAGGAUGUGUUACUGCAAUAA